AUGGCCAUGUGCGGCGAGUGGCGGGAUUUGUGUCCGUAUUUGGACGGAUUUGUUCGCGUUUGGCAAUCACCGACGGGACAACCAGGCAUCUGCAGGAAAGGAGACGGCCCAUGCAGCCAAUAUAGCGCCACGGUUGCCGCAUUCGGCACGACCAUAACAAAAAUUAGUCAGGUGGUAGCCGCCACUGGUUGCAAACAUUUUUACUAUAAAAAUCUCGUCAUCGCCAUUCGCAUUUUUUUUUCUUUAACACUCACAUUCGCUAUGCAAUUUUCUAAGGUUAUUGUUCCUGCUGCUCUUGCUUCUUACGUUGCUGCUGGUAACGUCACUGUUACCACUGAUGUUGUCGUCACUGACUUCACCACUUACUGCCCAGAGUCCACUGCUUUUGUUGUCAACAACAAGACCAUCACUGUGACUGAGGCCACCACUUUGACCAUCACCGGUCCUUGUACCAUCCCAACCACCUACGUGACUGCUUCUGGUGAAUCUAGCGCUGCCCCAGCUUCUUCUACUGUCGCUGCCGUCUCCACUGCUGAGAAUGGCGCCGGUAAGGUUGCUGCUGGUGCCAUUGCUGGUGUCGCUGCCGUUGCUGCUGCUCUUUUCUAG